GAUACAUCCUGAAGCAGCAGUUCUCGACGACGUUCGACAUUCGUGCUGAUCAUCGUCAGCCUCCAAUUGGUCAAGUUGAUCUCAUUUCCAGUCCGCUGUAGAUGUUGUAUGCAGAAGGAGGUGAUGGCCACAACGCGCUCUCAGUGAAGAAAGCACGUCCCGCCACUGCCGCCUACGUCACGUCACCACUUUGACGCGAACGCGUCUCGAACUUCAGCUUCAUCGCGAAUUCCGAUCUCGACUUCCGACUCCGGUAACGACAACGAGGUAACACCCGACCAACCGCCAACAUGGGUAUCAAGAACCUCUACCAAGUGAUCCGCGACAACUGCCCCGAUGCCGUCAAGGAGGGUGAGAUCAAGACGCACUUUGGCCGCAAAGUCGCCAUUGAUGCAUCCAUGUCGCUCUACUCCUUUCUGAUCGCUGUUCGCUCCAAUGGCGAGCAGCUCAUGUCGGACACCGGCGAGACUACCUCACACUUGAUGGGCAUGUUCUAUCGCACAUUGCGCAUGGUGGAUAACGGAAUCAAACCGCUCUACGUCUUCGAUGGUGCACCACCAAAGCUCAAGAGUGGUGAGCUGGCAAAGCGUUUUCAGAGAAAGAGCGAGGCACAGGAGCAGCAUGAGGAGGCCAAAGAGACAGGAACGGCUGAGGAAGUCGAGCGGUUUUCGAGAAGAACUGUGAGAGUGACCAAAGAACACAAUGCCGAAGCGCAGAGACUGCUGAAAUUGAUGGGAAUCCCGUACAUUAUUGCGCCGACCGAAGCUGAGGCACAAUGUGCUGUACUAGCAAGAGCUGGCAAGGUGUAUGCCGCUGCUUCGGAGGACAUGGACACGCUCACUUUCAACACCCCGGUCUUGCUGAGGCACCUGACCUUCUCAGAACAACGCAAGGAGCCGGUGCAGGAGAUCCAUCUGGACCGUGUACUUGAAGGGCUCGACAUGGACCUCAAGCAGUUCAUCGACUUGUGUAUCCUCCUUGGCUGCGAUUACCUCGAUCCAGUCAAGGGAAUCGGCCCAAAGAACGCGCACGCCCUAGUCAAGGAGCACAAGACGCUGGACAAGGUUGUUGAGUACAUUGAGAAAUCUGGGAAGUACACGCUUCCUGAAGACUGGCCCUACCAAGAUGCUCGACAGCUCUUCCUGGAGCCUGACGUACGUUCAGCGGAUGCUCCAGAGUGCGACUUCAAGUGGGAAGCUCCAGAUGUGGACGGCCUCGUCAAAUUUCUGGUUGAAGAGAAAGGCUUCAAUGAGGAUCGUGUCCGUUCCGCGGCGGCACGUCUGCAGAAGAACCUCAAGUCGGGACAACAAUCCCGUCUCGAGGGUUUCUUCAAAGUUAAAGAGAAGACCGACGAAGAGAAGGCAUCUCUGAAGCGUAAGAAUGAAGAGAAGGUCGAGGCUGCCAAGAAGAAAAAGAAGGACGAGGCCAAAGAGAAGAAAGCUGCGAAAGCCAAGCCGAAGAUGAACUCGUAAGAGCAUCGAAACUGAUGUGCAUUUGUUUCCGAAGCGCUGGCGUUGGUUGGUGUUCCACAAGCUGCGAGAUGCCGCUGGGUCUUACAUUGCUGAAAAAUGGGUUUCUUGCUCCGGAAGAGUGACGACAGCAAUAGUCUGGAGAAGUUUCGCUCAGAACGAAGCUCCGGUGUUUGUAUGUAUCAAACAUAACAAAGCGAUCAACACAAGGAG